GUUGGUCCGCGGGCAGGGGAGGGACCGCGCGCUCCCCGGGCCGGGGCUGGGGUCGGGCCGGGGUCGGCGACUCCUGACGGCCUGGAGGGCGGCCCCAGAAGGGGAGAGCCGGAGGGCCCCAGCGGCGGACGGGCGACCGCGCGGAGCAGGCUUUGCCCACGCGGUGGCCCCGGGCGCGCGCCCAGGGAGUCCCGCUGAUCCCGGGCCCCCGGUCCUCGGGGCGCAGCGCCCAGGGGGUCCGUGGCGGGGGCGGUGCUUGGGGCGCCAUGAGCUCUCCACCGCCCGCCCGCAGGGGCUUUUACCGCCAGGAGGUGACCAAGACGGCUUGGGAGGUGCGCGCCGUGUACCAGGACCUGCAGCCCGUGGGCUCCGGCGCCUACGGCGCGGUGUGCUCGGCCGUGGACAGCCGCACUGGCGCCAAGGUGGCCAUCAAGAAACUGUACCGGCCCUUCCAGUCGGAGCUCUUCGCCAAGCGCGCCUACCGCGAACUGCGCCUCCUCAAGCACAUGCGCCACGAGAACGUCAUCGGGCUGCUGGACGUGUUCACCCCUGAUGAAACCCUGGAUGAUUUCACAGACUUGCCCCCCCGGACCCAGGGUGGUGACACAGCCGGGUGGAGCUGGAGGUGUGAGCGCGGGACUGCAUGUUACCUGGUGAUGCCGUUCAUGGGGACUGACCUGGGCAAGCUCAUGAAGCAUGAGAAGCUGAGUGAGGACCGAAUCCAGUUCCUUGUCUACCAGAUGCUGAAGGGGCUAAAGUACAUCCAUGCUGCUGGCAUCAUCCAUAGGGACCUGAAGCCCGGCAAUCUGGCAGUGAAUGAGGACUGUGAGCUGAAGAUCCUGGACUUCGGCCUGGCGAGGCAGGCAGACAGCGAGAUGACUGGGUAUGUGGUGACUCGGUGGUACCGGGCACCUGAGGUCAUCUUGAAUUGGAUGCGCUACACGCAGACAGUGGAUAUCUGGUCGGCGGGCUGCAUCAUGGCGGAGAUGAUUACAGGGAAGACGCUGUUCAAGGGCAGUGACCACCUGGACCAGCUGAAGGAGAUCAUGAAGGUGACAGGGACGCCUCCCGCUGAGUUUGUGCAGAGGCUGCAGAGUGCCGAUGCGAAGAACUACAUGAAGGGCCUCCCCGAGUUGGAGAAGAAGGAUUUCGCAUCCAUCCUGACUAAUGCAAGUCCUCUGGCUGUGAACCUCCUGGAGAAAAUGCUUGUGCUAGAUGCAGAGCGGCGGGUGACUGCGGCCGAGGCGCUGACCCACCCCUACUUCGAGUCACUGCAGGACACGGAGGAUGAGCCCAAGGCCCAGAAGUACGACGAGUCCUUUGAUGAUAUGGACCGCACGCUGGAUGAGUGGAAACGUGUCACAUAUAAAGAAGUGCUCAGCUUCAAGCCUCCCCGGCAGCUGGGGACCAAGGUCUCCAAGGAGACGGCCCUGUGAAGACCCCUGGGCCCCCACAGUGGUGGUGAGGACACCUUGGGGAUCCUGGCUGGGGCUUCUACCUGGAAGGGGGAUCCUAAUUAUCACUGUGACUUUGGCUGGGGCUUACAUCCCAGGACACCUCUGGUUCCAUGGACCCCCCUCUCUCAAGCCUGUUAUCCUGCUCUCAGGGCUCAGUCUAACCUGGACCUUCUGGACAGGAUGUCAACCUGACUGGGGACUGGCCUCUCCCUGAGCAGUGGUCCCCUCCCCCAGGUGCAACAAGAAGCCUCAGAGCCUGUGCUGGGGGGUGAGGCUUGGGGUCAAGGCCUGCCCUCUGACCCUGCUUGCUCCAGCCCCUGCUGAAGCCCAGUUCAUAUAGCUGAGAAAGGACAGGGAGGGCGCAGAGCGCCUACUCAGGGAUGUCUCUCCCCCAGGGGGGCGUUGGUGUGGACUCUCCUGCACCCCCAGCCCAGAAAGUGCUAUGCCCACGUGGCUGGAAAGAAAUAAACCCUUUUGUAGAG